AUGCGCCCAAAGAUUGUCCUCGGACUUAAGGUAGAUACAUUACCGGCAGUGAACGGGGACGAAGAGUCAGACGGAAAUUUCUUUUCUUCCGACUUUGACGAUGGGCCUUCGUUAAAACUAGUUGCUAACUCCAAUUUAAAAACAAAUAUAAAUCCAACUCAAGAAAAAGCCAUCGUAAAAAACAAAGUAGAGAGCUUCACAGAUGCAUCUAACCGAAUUACAUCAAUUGUUGGCUUAUAUUCGAAUUAUCCCAAAUCACAACCCGAGAUAGAUCAAAUUUAUUUAAUUCCCGAAACUCAAGCGACUACAGAACUCACAAAGCCCAUUAAUCUUUAUGCUACUGGUAAAUCCAAUGCGCUUAUCAUGGACAGCGACGCCUACGAUGACAAUAUUCUGUGUCAGAUCGAUUUAAUUAAAUUUACAAAAGAUAAAAGUAUAUCGCUUGACAAAUAUACGAAGUGCAAGUUAGACUAUCGCGUAUCAGCGUUAUUGAAUUAUUUAUUGUCGGAUUGUUCAGAUAAAGGCAUUAGCGCUUUCCAUUUAUUAAACUGUCUCGAAGAAUUCAUUAAGUUUCCCAGCUUCGCUCCAGUUUGUCAUUUAUAUCCGGAUUUUACAAUUAAAAAAGUCAUCGAAAAAUUAACAAAAACAUUAAUUCAACUUUUCCCUAAGCAUCCUAUCCUUGAGUCCGUCAUCCAUAGCCUUGUUGGUAUAGACCCAAUCGCCAACCAAGUUAUGGAGCAACAAAAAGCUUUGCUUUCAAAACAAGACGAAGACGAAGACAGCGACUCGUUUUUCAAUGAUUUGAAGGCUAUUGCUGAUAAGAAACAAGCCCCUACAUUUCAAGUUUUUAUCGAUGAUACUAUUAUUAACCAAUUAGAUUCUAUCUCCGCUGUACAAAAAAUAGAAAAGGUUUCGGUCAACCAGCCUCCUUGCACACUCGUAUAUUUACUUCCUGAUGGUUCUGAUUCGCUCGGACCUCAGCCUUUCUCAACUUGGCUGUUAAAUCAAAGGGACAAAACAAUGCCAAUGUUUGCUCAAGACACAACGAAGCCAAAACAGACUUCCCACAGUUACCAAUCACAGCCGCUAUUCAAUGCGCAAAUCGGGGACGACGAAACCCCUAAAUUAAAAGAAUACGACGAACUUUACUUAAUUUCAUUAUUCGAUCAUCUAGACGACCUUUCAAAAAUUCUCGGAUUACUUCCUUCAACAGAAAUCGCGUCUUUCUUCCCAUUAUAUUAUCCAACAUUAGAAAACGUCAAUGCGAGGUCAAUGACAGCAAUAAAACGUGGCUGCUUGUACCCAUCGCUCAUCGAGGCGGAAUUUAAUGCUCAUACGGGCUUCGUAAACUCGAAUUCUCAACAAAUUCUCGAAACAGUCCCAAUAUUCCUCGGAAUGAUUAACAUUGAGGAGUGGGAGUUCCAGACAGUCGGGCCACUCAAGACAAAGCGCAAAAUGCCAGCGGAUCACCUUGAUAGAUCUUCAAAAAUGAUUCAGGCGCUUGCUCUUGCAGAUCUUGAGUUUGUCCUCGAUGGCCGUUCACCUCUUACUGGUAAGAGAUUCGCCGGAAUGAUCGAUGGCGAAAAAUACAAACAUCCAGCAACAGAUAAACUUUUUCGCUCUUCAAAGCUAUUUCAACUCUACACUCAAGAAGAAUUCGCGCCUUACAUAGCAUUCAAAAUCGCAUUCGCUACGGCACUCAGCAUCGCAGAUUCAAAUCCAAAUCACUCAUGUAACCUUUGCUUCGAAGCAUUAUCGAUUAUUACAUCCAUACUACCACAACUGAUUAAUGCAGAGUCAGUUCGCCACGCUACAUUGUUCUUUGCCGAACAAUUAGAGAGAACAGAUCGAUAUUUCCACGCUGUUCUUGCCUUUGAUAACUUUUUCAGAUCAAAUAUCAAAGAUGCAUCAUCAGCAUCCGCAAUUGCCCAAGUCUGCCAUAGAAACAGCGACCUUGUCCGAGCCGUUUUCCAUUAUACCGAAGCCAUCAAAGCUUUAAUCGAAGAAAAGUCAUGCGACCAAGCCCUCUACCUCGGCAAAACCAUUUCCUCCAUCUACUCCGACAAUGGCCUUGAUUCCAACGCUAUAUCUUUAUUAUCUUACUUAAUUAAGAACACUUACUGCAUCAAUUCCACUUUGAGAACGUCCCUUGCACGAGAUCUCUCAGGAAUCAACCAAGCAGGCUCAAUGAGGCAGCCAAGAACAAAAACAGCUCAAUUUGCUCCCCCUCAACAAAAAAGUGACACCAAUGAAUUCAUUCCUGAUCCGAAAUCUAUCAAUACUGUGCUGAUUGGCUGUCAAGCUGUUGAGUUCAUGCUUUCCUGCCGCAUGUUUCCGCAAGCACAUUCAUUGUUAGACUCAAUCACAGAUAAAUGCGGCUCAAUCAUGAACAAAAUGACUUCAUUUUUGAGAUCCAAACUGUUUUUGAAACAGAACAAGUUCCACGAGUUCAUACAGAAUCUUCCACAGUUAGAUACAGGCGAAAGACGUGUCACAGGCCGUGCAAUUUCCAUUGAUUCCGGUGCAGCAUUUGAUUCAAGAGCCGCUUUAGUAAGAAUGUUGGCAAGAGCUUAUUCAGAACGUGAUUCUUUCAAAGAGGGAAUAUUCUGGAGUGAAGUGAUGAUCCUCACAUCGCAAAGGAAUUCACUGAGAGAACUUGGAGAAGGAUAUUACCUCCGAGGAAAGAAUUUCCUUUUGGCCGCUCACACUUGUUUAUCAAAUCAGAAACCAAUAAAUCUCUUCUUGAGAUCGUCAACGAAAAUGGCAAAAGUCGCUAAAUACAUUGACGAUAAAAGAGUGUGGCCAAUUGAUGAACUCGUCAGUGAAUGCCUAUCGAGUUUGUCAAUGGCGAGACAAUGUUUCGAUAAAGUGGGAAAAAUUAAGAAAAGUGCCGAAGUGUCACUUUUAUAUGUUGAUGCACUUUUACGGUUUUUCUUUCAUUUGCCAGAGAAGCAGAACAUGCAGAUAGAAAUUGGGUACAUGACAUAUUUGAUUACACCAACAAUUGCUGCCAACAAAUCAUUGGAAAUUCCGAAAUCGAUAAUUUCCAUAAACAAAGAAAAUCUUUUGGACGAAGUCGGAAUUGUUUUAAAAAGUGUUGACAGAAAUACAUCGAGAUUGAUGAACCCCGUCUUCAUCAUUUACUCACAGAUAUUGAACUGCAGAUACAACAUCAUGAUGAAGGAUUUCGAAAAAGCGAAAACUUACUACGAAUUCGCCUGGGCAAAUCUCACGAAACAUUUUGCAAAUGGACAAAUCUUUGCACCAAGACAUCUCACGUUCUCAACAAUGCAGAUGUUUAGAGAUAUCCUGACAUUGAUGUGCGAUUCAUUACUUAAGUUCCCAACGGAAUUCAUCAACUCUCAUUUGGUAGCUUUCGAUCUUUUGUCAAAUGUUUUGAGUUUGAUCCAUAUGAACCAAUCCAAUGCGACAAUGGAGACAAAACAUCCUUUCGCGCCAAGUGUGGACAUGGACAAUGGAAUCCUCGAACUAGAAAACCCGAAAGUUCCUGAUUUCACCGAUGUUUUGAAGGAAAUUGGUGCAUUGGAAAUGAACAAAGAAAACUCAACAUUGCAGAAGAAACGCGGAUACAGGGAAUAUUUCAGAAUCAUCAAUGCAAACAUCAGACAGUUUGAAACACAAAAGAUAACAGAAGAUGAACUCCACAAAAGGAACAGAAACAUUUGUCUUCAAAUGGAGAAAUACGCGGAAUCACAGCGCCAUGAAAGUGAAUCAUUUAAUCCUGUUGAUUCCAGUUUCUCUGUUUGUUUGAGACACCAACAAUGUUUGAAGCGAAUGAUCUUCAUUUCAAGAUUGUUCAACAACAUCGCCAUUUACAUUCCUUUCACAGGCGAUGUCCGAUUGGUUCCUGUUUGUUCUGCAGAAAAUGUUGAACAGUUUAACAUCAAAGCAAAUGGAGAACAAAUUUUGUUUCAAGCGAGUUCUUCCAUUUUCAGCACAAAAUUGUUGGAACAAACAUCGAAUUUCAUAUUCAUCGAUAAGAAGAACAAAAACUUGUUACCGAAGAAAGUCGAAGAUUACAAAGAAGACUGCUUGAGAUUGUUUGGUAAUUUGCUCACAAACCAAGAGAUAUUCGGUGUUAAAUCUCUUAAUAUUCCUGAUGAAAACUCUCUUGGCGAUGAAUCAUUUUUCAGAUCAAGUCAAAUCAAAGGAGCAUUGACAACGUUAGAUCCAGGUUUCCCAUUAGUUUUCAUUCUCGGAUUCGAGUUGGCCGCUCUCCCUGUUGAGUUCUUCUUCCCAGAAACAUUCGUUGUAAGAGCACAGUCUUUCACUCGUUUGGUUCUCCACAAAGUUCCUUUGACGAGUUAUCCACACGCAUACGCAUUCAGAUACAGCGAAAAUCCGGAACAGUUGCAUAACGACGGAAUUGCAAGGAGUGUCGACAUUUGCAGGACAACAUUGAACGCGUUGGGUGUCGGACUUCCUGUUAUUCAGUCUAUUGUUACAAGUGGAAGAAGAGUUCCGAUGCCUUUCCCUCUGUUUUCAAGUAACAAAUCGAAUCAGAUUUACUCAGAAAAAUUCGAUUUCUGCCAUUUCGUUGAUAUUCCAGACGAAAAAGGACCAAAUGAACAGAUAAAAGACGCGUCAUUGGUUAUAUUCACAUUGGCUGAUUUAGUUGAGUUGCCUGACGUAAUCAGUAAUCUCAUGUACAAGUAUCCUUCGACAUUCUUCAUGUUCAUUCCUGGUUCUAUAAUUAGACAUGCUUUCGCUGACAUGAAACUCAUUUUCGCAAGACAGAAAAUCAGAUUUUUGUACUGCAUGUCGAAUCCUGAUGAUCCAGAUUUGAAGAUAGAUAAGAAAUUCUGCAAGGAUGGAUUCAUGUUCGUUGGUGCUUUGCAAAGAACUUUAAUGGAGAAGUAUAGAGUUCCAAUCGCUCUGUUUUCACCUCUUGGACAUAGAUGA